CUAUUUUCAAAAGCGAAUCAUUGCUAGAAAAAAAACUAGUAAUUAUCAUCUAUUGUAAUCAAGGAUGCAGAGGUACGAGCCUACAGAACAGAUCAUGUUCCAACAUGAUAAUGACUGUCAACAAGGUGUUUGUUCAAAUGUCAAGGUGAAGCAUAGUUCUUGGGGACUUGGAUCCUCCACAGCCUAUCUGAUUAUUCCAAGAUAAAGACCCUUCCAUGUUGAAUUUGCACAAGAGAGGGAUUCAAUUCGCCUUCUGUCUCAAUUUUCCACUGACUUUUGGUUGAGUGGUGGGGAGGUACACAUGUUUUGCCGGCCAAUUCUCCCAUUGUGAAUUGUAUUCUUGACUUUCCUUCCGAUUGAAAGCUUCAGCAGGACAAAGAAGAAAAUGGCUGAAACAAUUCUCUACAACACUGUGACUGAAAUCCUAGAGAAGUUGGGUUUGUUGGUUCUCCAAGAGAUCGGGCUUCUAUCUGGUGCUGGGAAUGAGCUUGACAAACUCAAGGACACAGUUUCUACAAUCAGAGCUGUACUUGUUCAUGUAGAGGAGCAGGAAGCCACAAAUCCCGAGGUAGCUGACUGGCUCGAUAAGCUCAACAAUGCAUUUUGUGAUGCUGAUGACUUGCUUGAUGACUUCUCCACAGAAGUUCUUCGUCGCCAGGUUAUGACUCGUAACAAGAGUCUGCAGAAGGUACGCAAUUUCUUCUCAAGCUCAAACCGACUUGUUUUCAGUAGUAACAUGGCUAAUGAGAUCAAAGCCAUUCGAGAGAGACUAGCUGCUAUUGCUGAAGAUAGGAAAAAUUUUCACCUCAUUGAACGGCCUGUAGAAAUGCGAGUUGAGAAUGCUAGGAAGGAGGAGUCUCACUCUUUUGUUCAUGCAGAGAGUGUUAUUGGUAGAGAUGAUGAUAAAAACAAAAUUGUAGAACUGUUACUAGAUAGUAAUGUUAAAGAGAAUGUGUCGGUUGUUGCAAUUGUUGGGAUGGGGGGACUAGGGAAGACCACACUUGCACAGUUAGUAUACAAUGAUGAAGAUGUCACCAAAUAUUUUGAACUUAAGAUGUGGGUGUGUGUUUCCGACGCAUUUGAUGUGAAACUCAUUGCACAAAAAAUCAUAGGUUCUGAAACAGGUAAAGUCCUUCAGAUGGAAGAAUUGCAAAAUCACUUGAGGACAAAAAUUGAUGGAAAAAAAUAUUUACUUGUGAUGGACGAUGUGUGGAAUGAAAAUCGCGAGAAUUGGUUAAAACUGAGAGAUUUGUUGAUGGGUGGUUCAAGAGGAAGUAAGAUUUUAAUAACAACCCGUACUGAAUUAGUUGCAAAUGUUACAAGGGCAAAUUCACCUUAUGUUUUAGAAGGCUUGUCUGAGGAGGAGUCAUGGUCUUUAUUCAAGCAGAUGGCAUUCAAAGAAGGGGAAGAGUUGGUGAAUCCAUGUCGAGUAACUAUGGGGAAGGAAAUUGUUCAGAAGUGUAGGGGAGUUCCUCUUGCCAUAAGAGCUAUAGGAGGCCUACUAUACUCUAAAGAUACAGAUGUUGAAUGGUUGCUUUUCAAAAAUAAUGAUUUGUCAAAAGUAGCCCAAGAAGAGGAUGUUAUUUUUCCGAUACUAAAGUUAAGUUAUGAUUACCUUCCUUCGAAUCUGAAAAGAUGCUUUGCAUUUUGUUCCCUAUAUUUGAAAGAUGAACAGAUUAGUAAGCAAGAAUUAAUCCGAAUGUGGAUUGCACAUGGAUUCAUUCAUUCAGUGUAUGAAGAUCAACAGUUGGAAGAUGUGGGUGAUUUUUAUUUUAUGGAUUUACUCAGGAGGUCCUUAUUUCAAGAUGUACAAAGAGAUAAAUGGGGUGAUAUAAUAAGUUGCAAAAUGCAUGAUCUUGUCCAUGACCUUGCAGAAUUUGUUGUCAGGCCUAAGAGUUCCGUAGUGAAUUUCACUGCAGAAAAUAUUAGUGAAAGAACUCGUCAUUUGUCUUUAGAUUUGUCAUGGGAAAUUCCAACUGACUUGUUUAGAGCUCACAAGUUACGAACAUUGAAGGGUCCAAUGUUUGGAAUAGAGCAAGUUUCAGAUGAAUUUGUUUUCGAAAGGAUUGUUUCAACUUUUAAAAGGUUACGUGUGUUAGAUCUGAGCCACUCGAAGAUCACAACUGUGCCAAAUAACCUAGGCAAGCUGAAACAUUUACGGUAUCUUGGUUUUAGUAGUGAUAUCGAGACUCUACCAAGUUCUAUAACCAAGUUGCAAAAUUUGCAGACUCUAAAACUCUAUGAAUGUGUCCGUCUUAAGGAAUUGCCAAGAGAUAUUAAUAAAUUGGUCAGCCUUAGGCAUCUUGAGCUUGACAAAUGUAAUAAUUUGACUGGGAUGCCUUGUGGACUGGGCGAGCUGACUCAUCUUUUGACAUUAACAAGGUUUGUAGCAGACUCAUCUAGUCAGUUGAGUGAAUUGCAAAACCUAAACAAUCUACGGGGAAGGUUGAGUAUCAUGAUACGUGGACACACUAAAGGAGCAGCAGAGGGAAGAAUGGAGGGAACAAACUACUUGGAGGCAAAAGAAUACCUAAAGAUUUUGGAAUUAGAUUUUCAUAGGAUUGAUGAUGAGUUGGAGGAGGAGUUAUUGUUGGAAUCCCUACGUCCACACCCGAAUCUAAAGGAGCUGAUUGUAUAUUCUUAUGGGGGAGUGAGUUUCCCAAGUUGGAUGAUGGUUGACAAAAUUGGCUUAUCACCCCUCCCAAAUCUUGUCAGAAUUACUAUAGACAGCUGUGACAGAUGCAAACAUCUUCCACUAUUUGGGCUACUUCCUUCUCUCCAAUUUCUUCGUCUUUCUUUUAUGUGUUCCCUGGAGUACAUAGACAACAGUAGUAGUGGCAGCGGCAGUGGUGGUGAGGAAACCCUCUCUUCGUCUUUACCCUCUUCAUCCAGUGGAGGAGCAGCAGCAGCAGCAGCCGCAAGAAGAACAUUCUUUCCAUCCUUGAAAGAACUCACACUCUGGCAGCUGCGUAAUCUGAAGGGAUGGUGGAGGACUGAAGUAGAAGAAGAAGCAACAAUAACAAGUACUAUUGCAAGCCCACCAGCGCAGCAACAACCUGAACGACAACAUUUGUCACAGCCCUAUUGGCUCCAGUCAUUUCCUUCUCUUUCUAAAUUAACCAUUAUUGAUUGCCCUAAUCUGGAAUGCAUGCCUAUUUUGCAACCAUUUCUUGAAGAACUACAUCUCAAUAAUGUCAGCAGGAAGCUACUACAACAAGAUUUAAUGAUGACAGUUGCAAUGUCGUCCUCCUCUCCAUCUUCUUCGCAUCUUCAUCUUUCCAAAUUAAAGUCUCUGAGUCUUCUCAACAUUCAGAAUCUAGAUACUCUGCCGGUGUGUAUAGGCAACCUCAAAUCACUCGAACGACUUUUCAUUUUCAACUGCCCCAAUUUGUUAUCACUGCCAGAAGGAAUGCGUCACUCGCUGCAUUUCAACAACUCAAAAUCCCAAAUGUUUAUAUUUAAUGAUUAGACUGACAUACAAGGUUCACAGGACUGGUGGACAAAUCAUUGCUUCAAACAAACAAGAUAGCACAUUUCAUUCUACAAAUUGCAACUACCAGCUGGAACUGUUCAAUUUGUAUAUACUGCUAAACAGCAAUCAUGAUGCAAAACAAAAUGCAGGUAUUCAUUUAUUUCUGCCAGAACUCACGUACGAACAACAGAUAAAGCUGCACCAAUAGACAUAUGUACUGAUUUUAGGGAGUGAAUGGUUUCCACUAAUAUUUACUACAUAGUUUCUUCCACUCCUAAGUUACUAGAGUUAGCUUCUGACAUAUAUUUCUUUUGCCACUUCUGUAUAUCCGAAAAAAAAAAAAAAAAAAAAAAAAAAAAAAAAAAAAAAAAGAAAAAAGCCCAUGGUCUUUUAUCUACAUUGAGCAAUUUAAAACUAGUUGAUCAUAAUCCACAUGGAUCUUUAACGCAAUAGUUUUUUUUUUACCCUCACUCGAUAGAAAUUUGUAACUUGUUUUGUUCAGCAUAUUGGUAUGAAGUUUCUACAAAUUUACAGGGGUGGAAGCAGCCAAAAUGGUGAUUACGAAAACAAUCAAGCAUGAGCAGCCAGCCAGCUACAGACCAAUUGGCCAAGGCUGUAGGGAUGAGUAGUCUAGACAUGAUUUUGUGUAAUGGAGACAAGCCAGGAGAAAGAAUAUU